UCAACUCCUUAUAAAGAGAAAAAAAUAACUAAUUAUAAAUACAUAAAUAUAUAAUAUUACAAAUAGUGUCCGGCUUAUUUAAUUCGCAUUAAUGUUUCGGAGUCGUCAUCAGAAAGGUUGUUUUUCUGUGUUUUACAGCCUUGGCAGCAGCCCAUUACAAUUCUGGUCCACACAUAUCCAGAAUGGUUACAUUAAACGUGUCAUAGACGAGGAUGUAAAGUCCGUUGUUAUGGAGAUUAUGGGUUCAAAUGUGUCUACCACCUACAUCACGGGGCCAAGGGAUCCCAAAAUGUCCUUCGGCAUUAAAUUGCCUUUUCUCGUAUUGCUUAUAAAAAAUCUACACAAAUAUUUUACAUUCGAAGUUAAAAUCUUAGAUGAUCAACGUUUCAUGCGUCGCUUUCGGGUGUCAAAUUUCCAAAGUAAAACGUCUGUGAAACCUUUUUGCACAGCCAUGCCAAUGGGUAUGUCACCAGGCUGGAAUCAAAUACAUUUUAACUUGGCGGACUUUACACGUCGUGCCUACGGCACCAACUACCUAGAGACUGUGCGUCUACAGAUCCAUGCCAAUGUGCGCAUACGACGCAUAUACUUCACAGACCACUUAUAUUCCGAGGAAGAUCUGCCGAAUGAAUUCCGAUUGGUUUCCAAGCCAGCAGAAAAGAACAAAGCACGUGAAUAUAAAAUGCCGCCUGCCGCUCGUCCGCCAUCACCAGCAAAAUCGCCUACUACAACUGAACGAGCCGUCUCACCGACUGGCGAAACAACAGCUGCUGAACCGUCAGAACCCCCUACUGAAGGGGUCGACACAGAAAAAUACUACUAAUUUUGUUGACUUUAAAAACUCGAACGCGUAAG